AUGGCUACAAACAGCUCUAGUAUUAUUGAAUUGCUCCGACAGAUAAACGAUCGGGUCAUCAUCGUGCAGUUCUUAGUAGUUGUUUUUUUCUUCGUAAACAUGAUGCUCGUAGUGACUUUUUUUCAAAGCACGUCUUUCCACACCAGUGCUCGCUACAUCCUCUUUGCUUUCAUGCUGCUAUCAGACAGCUUCAUGUUAAUAAUGUCUAACUUUCUUCUGGUUUUGUACUAUUAUAAACUGACAAUCCCAGUCCCAUCAUGCAUUGUGCUCUGCAUAGUUGUGUUUCUGUAUGGUGUGGUUGAACAAAUCACUCUCGCAGCAAUGACCUUGGAGCGAUACGUGGCCAUCUGCAUGCCCCUGCGUCACGCAGAACUGUGCUCCACUCGCAGCACAGUGCACUGCAUCCUCAUCAUUCACGGAAUCAGCUCUGUUCAUGGCAUCGUCAUCCUCUCUGUGUUUUUUGCCUCUGCGCCUUCAAGCUUUUACAAAGGAAACAAGGUGUGUUCAGCAGACAUGUUCCUGUUACAAACAUGGCACAGGGAUCUGAGAACUGCUAUAAGUCAGCUGUACUUUUAUAUUAUCUUUAUCAUUGUUGCUUUUUCCUAUUUUAAGAUAAUGAAAGUGGCCAAAGCUGCGUCAGGACAGAAUAAGAAGUCCUCUCAAAAAGGGCUUAAAACAGUGACUCUCCAUGCUUUCCAGCUGCUGCUGUGCCUCAUCGAGCUUUGGAGUCCUUUUAUUGAGGUUGUCAUGCUCAAAAUGAAUCUAUUGUCAUAUGUUCAACUGAAGUACUUUAAUUAUAUCAUGUUUUAUGUUGCCCCAAGAUGCUUAAGUCCUCUCAUUUAUGGACUCAGGGAUGAAGCAUUUUUCCUUGCAAUGAAAAACACUUUUAGUUUUGGAUUGAUAAAAAGAAGCAUAACGUAGGUUCUUUUUGUUGAAAUACAUUUCUACCCUGGAAAAGAAAAGCAUUUAUUCCCAGGUGUUAGACUUUAAGAUACAUUUUUUAACUAUUAACGACAAAACAGUUUUUGUUUUGUGCAGUACGAUAUUGUACCAUCAGAAAUGUUUUUCUGCUGUAUUAAAAAAAAAAAGCCAUUGAAUGUUGAACUCAGUUUCUUCUCGUGAUCUUUGAUGGAAACUUUAUGACACAAAAACAUUAUAUUGCAUACAAAUGACAGGCAUUUUCAUUUGUAUGCAGAUGACAAAACUAUUUGUUGCAGUGUCUG